AUGGAGGCAUCCGCCAGCCAUGCCGGCAAUGACUUUCACACUAAAGACGCGGAGCAUGUGGUUUUCCCUCAUGAUGACCCACUGGUGGUCACGUUAAGAAUUUCGAACUGUUUGGUCCAUAGGAUCCUGGUAGACGGUGGAAGCUCAGCUAACAUCCUGUAUCUCUCAACGUUCGAAAAAUUGAUGAUAGGACGAGAAUACUUGAAGCCUGUCCGAUAUCCUGUAAUUGGGUUCACCGGGGCGUCUGUAACUCCGGAGGGUUUGGUGAGCCUCCCGGUCCGGAUAGGAGACGGCAAUGAAGUCCGGGAUGUCAUGACUGAAUUUCUGGUGGUAGACGUUCCUGGGGCCUACAAUGCCAUAGUGGGACGUCCUCUGAUACAUGAUGUCCAAGGUAUCGUUUCCACUUAUCAUCUGACAAUGCUGUACGUCACCAAUGAGGGGACGACAGCUAAGCUGAGGGGGAACCAGGAGGCAGCAAAGUCAUGCUAUUUGACAACCCUGAAACAGCCAGCUAGGAGGAUGCCAGUGGAAGAAGCAAAUCCACCCGGGAGAAAGCAAAGAAGGGCUCAAAGAAGGGCCGUGAUGAAUGAACAAGAAGAGAAAGAAUCGGAGAAAGAUAAGGAGGAGAUGAUGGAAAUAUCAAUGGAGGAGUUAGAGGCCAGGCCAGAGGAUACGCCAAGGCCAAAGCCUGACGGGAAACUCAGCAAGAAAUGCUGGCGGAAGAUCCGGCGAGGACGGUGGCUUAGGGACAGAUAUAGAUCCGGAGGAUAUCAUCAAAUCAGCUUACUCGGAGCAGAUAGAAAGAAGACGGCAUUUAUAACAGACUGUGGAGUUUACAAUUAUAAGGCGAUGCCUUUUGGGCUUCGUAAUGCCGGAGCCACUUACCAGAAGUUGGUCGAUAAAGUGUUUGCGAUCAGAGAGGCAGAAACAUAG